AUGACUACUCGGCCGCUGAACGUAACCAUCGUCGGGGCUGGAAUUGGCGGUCUCGCUGCUGCUGUUGCGCUCCGUAAAUCCGGACAUUGCGUGAAGGUCUAUGAGUCGUCUAAGAUCAAGACAGAAAUCGGCGCUGGUCUGGGCAUGCAACCCAACGCCGUUCGUGUGCUCAACUCCCUUGGGGUCAAGCGAGAGAACUUGAAAGGGUGUAAUAUUCCAUCUAUCAUAACUUACAGUGCCGCAACAGCAGAGCGCAGGGAGAAUCCCGUACCGAAGCUUGCUGCUCUACAACAAGAAGGUGCCCAGGGUCUCGCAUGCCAUCGAAGUGACCUUUACAACGAACUGCGUAGACUGGCGACGGGAGACGACGCUGUAAACGGCGCGCCAGUACAGCUUUACCUUGGCAGCAGAGUCCGGUCUUGUGAUCCGGAAACCGCAACCAUAACUCUCGAAAGCGGCGAAACCGUUCACGCAGACCUCCUCAUUGGCGCUGACGGUGUACAUUCGACCAUACGUACCAGCAUCCUAGGUCGGGAAGUUCACGCACAACCCUCGGGAUGGGUUUGUUAUCGAUGCCUGUUUGAUCCGUCCAGCAUUGCCGAAUAUCCAGAGCUCGACUGGUUUCAGAACAACUUCGUCAGCAUCCGAUCUGAAGUCGCGCAGCUCUCUGAACUCGUCGCAUACCCCAUUCGCGGCACUCAAGUCAUCAAUUUUGGAGGCUUUGAUACAGACCAGGAGCCCACCGUUGAUCAGCCACUAUCACAAAUCGUCUCGAAAGAAUCGGUCCUGAAAAGUUACACAGACUUCCAUCCCAAGUUUCUUCGUCUGUUAGACCUUCCCAUGCUGGCUCCAAUUAUUCGAUGGCAACUCCGUGCUCUACCGCUCCUUCCUACGUGGAUCAAGGGACGGACUGUUAUUAUUGGCGAUGCCGCGCAUGCAACACUUCCGCUGCUUGGCCAGGGGGCGGCCAUGGCCAUCGAAGAGGCUGGUUGCCUGGGAGUGCUGUUCUCAGGAGAGGUCGCGCAAGACCAAGUCGCCGCACGAUUAGAGGCAUUCUAUACCCUCCGCAAGGACCGCGGCGAGUUUGUAAACGUCAAUUCAGUCGCGCAAACGACACCUGCAAACCGCAUCGAGUUUUUGAAACGUGUCGACUUGCAGGAAUAUUUGACGACGUACGACACGAUCAAAACAACUAAAGAGUACUUAGAAACUGCUUUUGGCAGAGGGGGGGCCUCUGACUUGGAAAAGACACUUGUUUUGCUCAACACCAUUCGCCCAAUCCAAGUCUACGACCCUGAAAAAGCGCUUCAGCAGCUUGUGACCUUGGCUGACACAAUAGAAGAGGCAUCGUCCAAUGAUAUCGGGCAGAAUGCGCACAAAACCAUAGAAAUCAUCGUCUUUCUUCUUCCUCUGAACAAGACCGGUGCCGAAUCCUCGAUAUAUGACCAGCAACAAACCCAUGGCGCAGGGGCUGGACUUACCUGUCUUUUGUCCACCCUUCGCCGAUGCCCCUACAUAAACUUCACUCGAGUUUUGACCUCGCACUGGCCUUCGAUAUCUGCCUCUUGCCUCACUUACAGUCGCGCUGUCUUUCGGACGCAUACCGUUGCCGAGCUCACGCCGGAGAGCAUUGGUUCAGCUCCCCACGCUUUCACCACGCUCAUCUCAUUGGUAUCUUUUUACUCGAAAAAUGAUCGUUUGCGCUCCUUGAUAAUGAAGUCGACACCAAUUCUCGAGCUCAUUGUGAGCCUGUGGCGACAUGAGGCCCACGAUUAUACACUUGGCGGCCAACUUGCCAAAGGCUUAGGAGAUUUAUUCCCCGUCGACUGUCUCCCGAGCACCUCCCAUAUCUUCCAGCUGCAUAUUCUCGCUCUGGACGUCAGAACCAUAGAGUCAUUAGUAACGACACAAUGCACACAAUUUGACGCCAGCGCCGACGUGGCCAUAAUCCAUCUGAAAAGGGCUAUAUCCACACUUGUCACGACCAACCAUAGCGUCUCUGCAUUGCAGAGCCUUUGCCUUAACCUCGAGACUGUUAUGCUUCUCCACGAUUUGAGACCGUUGAGGCCGUCCCUUGUCAAGCGCAACUUCGUUGGGCUCGUGACUGAGGCUCUAUUGCAGCUAACUGCUCCAUCGUCAUGGAACCCCAAAACCUGCCAAAUUGUUCUGGAUGCGUUGCACUGCAUAUUCCGGUUCUUCAACAAAUAUUUGGCGAGUUUGGGAAUUGCCAGCGUGAUCGCCGCAUUAGAACUAGGUUUACUGGUCGGGCUCGCUCAUUGUAAUGCCUGGCUAAACACCACCGGCGACUUCGACUCGAAUGUGCUCCAAGAGUUUAGAGCCUUGCUUACUAGCCGGCUUCCGAUAUAUAUGGUCCAUCUCCCGGUCUUGAGACACAUCCACCAAUCUUUGAAAUCUCUCGGCAGCGACGCACUGUUACAGCUCCAGUCCUCAGACGCCUUUCCUCGCGGUUGUAACGCAUGGUUACAUUUCGUCGGGAUUGCAUGUGCCCGAAUGCCGUUGGCCAACUCAAGCGAUUUAGAGAGAAAGCAGCAGUGCCAAUCUGCUAGUUGUCAUCUUCCGGUGAAAUUCCGAUGCGGGGGCUGCGUCGUAGCUGCAUACUGUUCUUCGACAUGUCAGCAGAAGGAAUGGUCCAUGCACCAAAAGCGUUGUCGAGGCGAUCCGCAAGCCGACCCGGUUGGAAUAGAUGACUCGGAGUUCACGCUCUGCGUCGUUAAACAUUAUCUGCGCCAUCCUGCAGUCCUAAUACAAAUUUCCGAGGCUUGGAUGCAUCAAAAGCCACCGUUCUAUGCCGGAGUUGAUUAUACUGUGCUCCCUUCCACGAUGACAUUUGUCCCACCAAAAACACUCCCAGGGAACGCCAGCGACAAAGAUAUGAUUCUGUAUGCCACAAUUCCCAUUGGUGGGCUGGACGACAACAAGGUGCUAGUAUAUUGGAGCAACCUCAACUCGGUUCUUCCCGUGGCCGACAGCAAAGCGAAACAGCUUGAAGCGGCCAUCAGGAUCAUUCAAGAGGACAUGAUACCAGAUUUCAAGUCCGUUGCGUUAGAAAAUGGUCACCUGUAA